AUGAAGUUCAGCAGCAUUCUGUCCCUUGGCCUUUUGGUCGUCUCGCCCCUGGCUGCGGCCUGGAGCAAGGAGGAUCGUGAGAUUUUCCGUAUCCGCGAUGAGAUCAAGGCCCACGAGGCCAACCCCGAACAGACCUUCUACGACCUCCUCGGCGUCAAGAACGGCGCUUCCAUUGACGAGAUCACCAAGGCCUACCGCAAGAUCUCCCGCACUCUCCACCCUGAUAAAGUCCGCCAGCAGCUCAUCGCCGAACGCACCAAGGCCAAGAAGAAGGAGAAGAAGACCCCCAGCGUCAAUGUCUCCAAGCCUCCCACUCAGAAGGAGAUCAAGGCCGCUGUCAAGAUUGCCUCCGAGCGUCAGGGCCGCCUCAGUCUCGUGCGCAACAUCAUCAGCGGUCCCGACCGCGACCGCUACGAUCAUUUCUUAAAGAACGGCUUCCCAGCCUGGAAGGGCACCAAUUACUAUUACAAUCGGUACCGCCCUGGCUUGGGCACUGUGCUCUUCGGUGUCUUCCUCGUAGCUGGAGGUGCCUUCCACUACAUCGCUCUGUACAUGUCCUGGAAGCGUCAGAAGGACUUUGUCGAACGUUACAUCAAGUUCGCGCGUAAUGCUGCAUGGGGAGACAACUUGAACAUUCCUGGCAUCGACGAUUCUCCCGCCCCUGCUCCUGCUGCGCCCGCCGCCGACGAUGAGGAGGGCCCCCAGCUGCCUAGAAACCGCAAGGAGAGACGUAUGCAGGAACAGAUGGCUCGUAGAGAGGCCGCCAAGGAGCGCGGAGGCCGAUCCCGCAAGCCCGCUCCCGCCGCCCGCAGCAACAGCGGCAGCGGUACCGCCACCCCACGGGAGACGGUUGCGCAGACCGGUCAGACCGGCCCCACCGGCUCCAAGAAGCGCGUUGUCGCCGAGAAUGGCAAGAUGCUUGUGGUUGAUUCCCUCGGAGACGUCUACCUCGAGGAGCAGGAUGAGGAUGGCAACACCGAGCAAUGGCUCCUUGAUCCCGACGAACUGCCUCAACCCACCAUCCGUGACACCGCACUCGUACGUCUCCCCAUCUGGGCCUACAACCGCACUGUCGGUCGCGCCCUCGGCAAGAACAAUGCUGAGCUGGAGAUCGACACCGAGGACCUGGACUCUGAUGACGGCGAGAUCCAACACACCCCCAGCUCCGACUCUGCCGCCGAUGACUUUGAGCUCUUGGAGAAAUCGACCGAUUCUUUGGGCAAGGCCAAGGCUUCUGGUGCGCAGACUGGAGGCAAGUCCAACAAGCGCAAGAACAAGAAGCGUUGA